GGAGGUGGCUCUGGUAGAAGUGAAGCACGAGCUCACGACAGCCGGACCGCACAGUGAGCGGUGCGAAGAGUAAGGGAUAAGAGUGAGAAGAAAGGGAAAAGGAACAAAAAGAAAGAAGGAGAGCAGGGGACUGCGCGGCCCUCUGUACUAAUGGACCACAAGGAUAUUUAACCGCUUGCCCUGGGAGCGCACAGACACCGCAGUCCAUGCCUCUCCCUUGCCAGGUCAUUGAUGGGAAAUCAACUGGAUCGGAUCACCCACCUCAACUACAGCGAACUGCCCACGGGGGAUCCGUCCGGGCUGGAGAAGGACGAGCUUCGAGUCGGCGUCGCCUACUUCUUCUCUGACGAAGAGGAGGAGGUGGACGACCGCACUCCGUCUGACUGCGGAUUCACCAAGGACCACAGCCCGACCGAGGAGGGACCCUUAUCGGUCAGCGAGGUGGAGUACUCGGCUUUCUGCUCCCAGGAAUGCAUCUUCUCCAAGCUGCGGGAGAACGAGGACUUGAAUGUGUACUCGGCCAAAACUUUGCUGACUAUGUGCAAACCGGGGGACCUGCUGGAGCUGGUGGCCACCGCGCAAGCCCCCCACUGGGUCAUCUUCGAGCAGGACGACCAAAUCAUUCAUCUGCACAAGGGCGAAAUCCGCAAAGACAGCCUGCUUGAGAUCAGCAACGGCCGCCACGGGAGAAUAGUCAAUAAUCGUUACCGCUAUCGGCCGCUACCCCCUGACCUAGUGAUGCAGAACGCAGCGGGACACGUGGGCCUGAACAGCGAGGAGAUAUGCUGGACCAACUCGGAAAGUUUCGCUGCCUGGUGCCGCUUUGGGAAACGGGAGUUCAAAGCCGGGGGAGAAGCGCACUCAGCGGAGCAGCAGUACUUCCUCAAAGUGCAUCUGUCCGGCAGCGAGGUGCACACUCUGGUCUUUCGCAGCCUGGAGGACAUGAUCCGGGAGAGAAGGCGAGUAGACGCCAGUGGAAUUCUCAAAGAGCUCUCUCUGGUUAACGGGGGCAAGGAGUGAUCAGGGAUUCCGUUUGAUAUCGUCUCCUCCACCCGCCCUCCCUGCCUCCUCUUUGCCAAAGCGCACGGACGCACACUUUUGCGCACACAAUAACGUACUUUCACACAAGCACACGGACGCACACGUGCAAGGACCUGUUGGUGUUGGACUGUCUGUUUGUCACGGAUGGGGCCUGGGUUUUAUUUCUUUUCUUUUUUUUCUGGACCAAAGGCGCCCUGUGGAAUUUCCAUCAAAAUACAGUGUUGAGAGAAAAGAGAGCGCGGCCAUAUAAACAGACAACGCCCAUUCUGGUUAGAAUUCGUGCUGAGUGGGACACACGAUUUCUAAGAAACUCAUUGUUCCCGAUAAGCGAAAUCACCUUUACAACCCCUCCCCACAUUGCGCACACGGCUCGGUUUGGUUUCUGUUUAAUUUCUCGGGAUAAUGGAAUUGGCCCCUUCUGUAUAUAGGGUGCCUGCUGCAGCAGACCAGACGGUGAGACCGGCAGAAGGAGAGGGAGGGAGGGGUUGAAAGAUAGGAUUUGGGAUGGCUCUCGAGAAGUCUCCCUUCUAUUUUUUUACUGUUAGCUUUAAAACCUGGACAGACCACGACAUAGAUCCAAGCCACAAAUUCACAGACAGUCCUAGCUGAUUACGCAGUUGCCUAAACAAAACAUUUUGGCUUGACCAAGCUCCCCUGUUGCCAUAUCAAAAGUAUUGUCAUUUUCACAAUGCUGUCAUCCUGCUCCACAGCACUGGAUGUAUGUGUAAAUUGUGUUCAUAUACUGAUUUCGAUUUGAGUCCCUUAUUUUUGUAUUUCAGUUUAGUGGAUUUAACCCUGAUCUCUCUUCUUUCUUUCUUUUUUGAUUCAAAUAAAUGGAGGUUGAAAUUUGAAAAUAAGAACUUGGUCUAUCAGGUGUUGUUUGGUCGCCCAUAAACACACAUGUACCAUCUCACAUUCUCAGAUGCACACAUUUACACACUCAUACACACACACUUUUGAAUUAUUGAUGUUCUAGUGCCUUCUGACCUGCCUCCGGCCAAAUAAGCGUCUUAUAUCGCCACAUCAUUUGGAGGUAGAAAAUGGUCAUUUGCAUCAGACACAUAAAGGCUUUAUGAAAAAUCCAUAUAGAAUCUGAGAGUUGCAGUAUAGGCGGCUGCUUUAAGUCAAUGGGAAAAAAACUUUUUUUAUGUCCACAGGCUAUAUUCAUUUGUGUGGAUUUUAUCUUGUUGCUAUUCAGUCUUUUCCAAACAUUUUGAUCUCUCUGAUGUUUUACCAGCCAUACAGCCACAUUAGUAAAGUUAUGCUGGCAUUGUAGGACAUAGUUUCUAUCUGCAUUGUAAACAAGAUGUCCUCCAUACAGUAUAAUAGUAUAAUUCUUAUCAGGAUGGAGCACACUGUGUGCUUUUAUGACACCGAUGUUGUAUUAGUCUGCAAUGCCUUUAUCUCUGCAGUGUUGUUAUUACUCCUCUGCUAUGAGUGUCAGACAGUGCCUUUAUUUUCUUGGGAUUGUGAUCUGAUGUAUCACUGAAGGUGGGGUAAAUCACGUCUCAAAAAAACAAAAUCAAAAAAGCAACAACAUCUUCCAUGAAACACCAGAGAGUAGGUUUGUGGAAAGAUUUUUCCGUGUGGUGUUCCUUUGUUAAGUCUCCUCCACUUGAUUCUGUUCUAAUUGCAUGUAUAAAUGAGCAGCUAAGCUCUCCCUUAGGUAUUAAUGAUUUUAUCUAUGAUUUUUUUUUUCAACGUGGUCGUGAAAACAGGAGCUGCAGUUGUUUUAGCUGAAGCCAACUGAGGGGAAAGGCAGACAAAGAGUUUGUGUGCGACAGAGAGAGAGAGAGCAUGUAUGCAGGGUUACCCAGGAUGUGUGUGUGUGUGUGUAAUGUUUUAACUGCUUUAACUGAUUGUUGUGGAGACAUUCCCAAUCAGAAAAUGUCUCAUGUCCACCCUGUACGUGUGUGUGCAGAUGUUGCAUUGUCAGCCUGCAGAUGAAUUCAUGUCAAAGGAUAAACUAAUGAGCUUGUGGGCCUUGUAAAUGUUGCCUUUGGAAGAUUUUCUCUAGCUAUUGUCCUAAAUAUGUGAUUGUACCAGCUUUCCUGUGAUUCUAUUGGCACAUUUCUCUCACGCUUCCUCUUGUUUUCCUCUAAAUCCAUUUACUUGUCACUUGUCACCACCUCCCCAUAAUUGUUUUGCAUUGUACUCCUUGCAGACCACAUUAACGGACCAAUCUGUGUGAAAAAUGAGCUGAAAUUGAAAUCAGCACGUUUACAAAAUUAUUCAAAGUAAAAAAACAAAAGGCAAACAUGUUCUCCCUGUUAACGAUCAUGAAAUCCAGAUGGAUCCAGAUAAACUCUUUUUACUGUU